AUGUGUAGUAGUAGUAGUAGUAGUAGUAGUAGUAGUAGUAGUAGUAGUAGUAGUAGUAGUAGUAGUAGUAGUAGUAGUAGUAGUAGUAGUAGUAGUAGUAGUAGUAGUAGUAGUAGUAGUAGUAGUAGUAGUAGUAGUAGUAGUAGUAGUAGUAGUAGUAGUAGUAGUAGUAGUAGUAGUAGUAGUAGUAGUAGUAGUAGUAGUAGUAGUAGUAGUAGUAGUAGUAGUAGUAGUAGUAGUAGUAGUAGUAGUAGUAGUAGUAGUAGUAGUAGUAGUAGUAGUAGUAGUAGUAGUAGUAGUAGUAGUAGUAGUAGUAGUAGUAGUAGUAGUAGUAGUAGUAGUAGUAGUAGUAGUAGUAGUAGUAGUAGUAGUAGUAGUAGUAGUAGUAGUAGUAGUAGUAGUAGUAGUAGUAGUAGUAGUAGUAGUAGUAGUAGUAGUAGUAGUAGUAGUAGUAGUAGUAGUAGUACCAGGCCCUUACAGCUUAAUACUUUUGCUUUUGGACGAUCUCUGACUUCACACAGACAAAAACGGAUCACGGAUCAACAGACAGCUACAUACAUACAUACACACAUACAUACACUCAACAUCGUUCAUUUCAAUAAAGUGUUUGCUUAUUUGCCUCUUCAGCUCAUUCAAAUCGAAAUUUAA